AUGAUCGAAGACAAAUCGAUCUGCAGCUUCUACCAGAAAAUAGGCGCCUGUCGACAUGGCGAGAAGUGUUCCAGAAAACACAUCCGUCCGUCGGAAUCGAAAACCGUGCUUCUAGCCAAUCUCUACCAGAACCCAAAGGUUCAAAACGAUGGCGAUGAUGGCCCAGAAACCCAAACAAACAACACCUUUGACCACUUCUACGCAGACAUUUUCCGUCGUCUAGCGAAAGAGGGCACGAUCGACCUGGUGGUGGUGUGUGAAAAUGAAAACUUCCAUCUCAGUGGAAACGUCUACGUUCGGUUCACUACCACCGAUGCCGCCGCCAAAGCAGUAAUGUCACUCAACCUGGAAUGGUACGACAGUAAACCGGUGUAUUGUGAGUUGUCGCCAGUGUCCAGUUUCCAUGAAGCAAAUUGCAGAGCCCAUGAUACCAACACAUGUACUCGAGGUGACCAUUGCAACUUUAUGCAUGUUAGAAAGCCCUCCACUGAGCUCAAGAAGAAGUUGAUGAAUGCACAGGAGAAGCUGGUGGCGUUGCAUCAUCUCCGAGAGGCGUUUGGCGAUCCCGAGUGGGGAAGAGAAUGGGAGGCUGCCACUACUCAAGAGUAUAGAAGAACGAAGAAAGAAGAGAAGACUGAGAAGCAGGAAGACGAGAAGAAAGAUGAGAGCGAUGAUGAAGUUGCUACCACUACUACCACAGAGGCGGUGGCCAAGUUGUUUGCGUGA